AUGAAGAAGCGACCGAUGCUCGUCAUAGGACUUGAGGUCGACACGAGGAUCGCCGUAACCAUCACCAUCGCCAUCACCAUCACCAUCACCAUCACCAUCGCCAUCGCCACUUCAGCAGCGUAUCAUGGCUCUAUGAGUCUCUGCUCAUCCACGACGGAGGCCAUGUAUCGCGACAUCUAUCACAACAGCGUCCUAGAAGCGAAUACAGUAUUCUUUGUUGACUAUGCCCGCUGCCCUAUGCCGCGUCUUGCAGUGGCCAGACAUACUGUGCGAUGCGCACACGUAGGAACAAGCGAUGAGAGAAGACGUCGAAUGGCAACAAGCCCCGAGAACAAGCACAGAGGCAAGGUCAGUGUGUUGUAA